UCACCCCUCGUCGUUUUUACUCCUCCCUGCAAGUCGUCUGUGUAGAAAAUCCUUCAGUGAGCCGACUCUUUUAAUUGUAAAAAUGGCAAGUGCCAAGUGCGUCGCUAAAGGGUGUGCUGCGCCCGGACCCGUGCCAGCCGGCUCCAUCAGACUAUACAGCAUGAGGUUCUGCCCUUUUGCUCAGAGGACCCGACUGGUGCUGAAUGGAAAAGACAUCAAGCAUGAUAUUGUCAACAUCAACCUGAGAGACAAACCCGAUUGGUUCCUGGAGAAAAAUCCUUUGGGCCAAGUGCCCACACUGGAGACGUCGGCGGGGGAGGUCAUUUACGAGUCUCCCAUCACCUGCGAGUACCUGGACGAGAUGUAUCCUGAGAAGAAGCUGCUUCCCGAAAAACCAUUUGGAAAAGCCGAGCACAAGAUGUUACUGGAGAAAUUUUCCAAGUUAACACCAUUAACCUACAAGAUUCCAAUGGGCAGACUGAAAGGCGAGGAUGUCUCCGGACUUCAUACGGAACUGACGCAGAAGUUCCGAGAAUUAAACGAGCACCUGGCAAAGAAGAAGACAAAGUUCUUUGGUGGAGAUUCCGUCAACAUGACCGAUUACAUGAUAUGGCCGUGGUUUGAGAGGCUGGAGCCCCUCGAGUUGAAGGACUGCUUGGACGAUGCGCCUGAGUUGAGGAACUGGGUGAAGCUCAUGUACGAAGACCCCGUCGUCAAAGUUAGCGGGCACAGUGUGGACGUCUACAAGGCCUUCUACAAGACCUACCUGGAGGGCAAACCCAAUUUUGACUACGGCCUGUAGAGUUGAGACAACGCUGAACCGCGCCUUGAUCUGUCCUUUUUUUUUUUUUUUUUUUAAAUAAUUUUGGUUAUUAUUCAAGUGCUAAGUCACACACAUUGCCGAAUAAAACCUGUUCGACUCUC